CAUUAUUAUCUAUCUAUGAAAGGAAUUCCUGUUACUGUUUCUGAAAGCAAUCUUUGCAGAAAACUCACUGUCAAUUUGGAUCAACAACAACUUAAUGUUCGUCCUGUGAUCAAAGCUGCUAUUAAUGAAGCUUCAAACACACUUACAGAUGCCUUUGUGUCAAACAAGGCACUUGAAUGGUCUGCUCGUAAUUUGGAUCCUACAAAACGUGAUCAUUUCCUGGUCAAUUUAUUCAAGACUAUGAUUGACACUGCCUCUCUUCAAAGCAGGGAUUUUGCUGUUCAAGUCGAUGGUUGCCGAGGUGUUCUUGUCUGGUCUGACCGUUCUCAACUGUUCUCUUGGCCUCAAACAAUUUCCACAUUUAAGUACGCUCGUCUUUUAGGCUGGACUGCAGCCUUAAAGACACUUGUCAAAUUGCAAUCCUCUACUUCCGAAAAGACUCGUCGCAAAUUGAUGGCUGGGUAUCCAAGAUAUAUUGCUAUUGGUUUUAUUGGUAUCUUACCCCAAGAACAACAUAAAGGGCUGGGCACUGCAUUAAUGGAAUACGUCUUGAACAAAGCAGACGAAUCUCAUUACCCUGUCUAUGUUGAAGCCACAGAUCCUCAAGCAGUCAAGUUUUUCGAGCGUUUUGGGUUUGUCUCCCACGGACAGAUAUCACUUGGUAAAGAUCAAACGAACACCUCUCUUACACCCAUGAUUCGUUCUUCUGUUGCCAUGAAUGAACCCAAAUCUCUUCGUAUUCGUCCUGGUCGUCAAGAUUCUGAUAGAUCUCUUUAACAUAUCCCCCUUUAUCUCUUUACUCAUAAUGUAUAUAUACAUACUGCAUGCUAAUCUCACUAUCUAUACCUUUAUUUUUACUCUUUACUUAAUAAAUCUUAUACAAGAUCGACAUGAGAUAUUUUGUACAAA